CUGAGCUCCUGAGCUGGGGCUUGGGUUUGGAGCCUUCGGCAUUCAUUGCUGAUUGAGUCCAGAGUCUGAAGCGGAGCCGUAGCGGCAGGCGGUAGGGAGGGCAGCCCUCAAGGGAGGCGGGGUGCCGCUCGGGCGCCAGCAUGGCGGCUGCAGUGCGGGCCGCGAGGUGUCUGCCCUCCCUGCGCGGAGUCCCCGCGGGUCAUUUCUGGUCCAGGCAGCUUGCCCACAGCGCCUUUCCAGCAGCUUCUGCUUUGUCAUCGAAGACUGGGACUCUCAGCAGUGGAACUUUGUCACCAUGGGGCCCCAGGGACGAUGGUCAUUUCACCAGCUUGAGCCGCCUGCUGCAGACACAGUGCUGCGUUUCUUCCCCCAGCACCCUGUUGGGCCAGCAGCUUCGACCCUAUAGUUUCUUCACUAAAUUGACAGCUGAAGAACUGUGGAAAGGGGCAUUAGCAGAGACUGGUGCUGGAGCAAGAAAAGGAAGAGGCAAAAGAUCUAAGAAAAAGAGAAGAAAGGAUUUGAACAGGGGUCAGAUUAUUGGUGAAGGACAUUCGGGUUUCCUGUGGCCUGGCUUGAAUGCCCCGCUUACGAAAAAUGGAGUAGUGCAGGCCAUCGCCCAGAGAAGCAAGGAGGAGCAGGAGAAGGUGGAGGCCGACCUGUUCCAGCAGCGGGAAGAGUGGGACCGGAAGAGGAAGAUUAAAGUGAAGCGGGAGCGCGGCUGGAGCGGCAACACGUGGGGUGGCAUGAGCCUCGGGCCUCCCGACCCCGGCCCCAACGGAGAAACAUACGAAGAUUUUGAUACCAGGAUACUAGAGGUAAGAAAUGUGUUCAAUAUGACUGCAAAAGAGGGAAGAAAGAAGUCGGUCCGCGUCCUGGUCGCCGUGGGGAAUGGCAGAGGAGCGGCGGGUUUUGCCAUUGGGAAAGCCACUGAACGGAUAGAUGCGUUCAGGAAAGCAAAGAACAAGGCCAUUCACUAUUUGCAUUACAUAGAGCGAUACGAAGACCACACAAUAUUCCACGACAUUUCAUUGAGAUUUAAAAGGACGCACAUCAAGAUGAAGAAGCAACCCAGAGGUUACGGCCUGCGCUGCCACCGGGCCAUCAUCACCAUCUGCCGGCUCAUUGGCAUCAAGGACAUGUACGCCAAGGUGUCGGGGUCGGUCAACAUGCUCAACCUCACGCGCGGCCUCUUCCAGGGCCUCUCCCGCCAGGAAACCCAUCAACAGUUGGCUGACAAGAAGGGGCUGCAUGUCGUGGAAUUCCGGGAGGAAUGUGGCCCUCUGCCCAUCGUGGUCGCCUCCCCCCAGGGGGCCUUGAGGAAGGACCCGGAGCCAGAAGAGGAGGUCCCAGACGUUAGACUGGACUGGGAGGAGGUGAAGGCUGCGCAGGGCAUGAAGCGCUCCGUGUGGGCAGGGCUGAAGCGGGCUGCCACCUGACCUUCCUGGGCCUGCUGCCUUCGCACCCUGGCUGUGGCCUUUUUCCACAAGAAAGUUCAACCUGGAUGUCUUCAUUUGCAAAUAAAA